CCUGGCACAUCAUGAGGUUCCUUUUCUUCCGCAUAAAUAAUGCCAUCAGGAGCUUACAUUGAACACUCACAAGGCUCCUCACACCUUUAGCUAUCACCACUUUCUUUCCUCUCAGAAGACUUUGGACAAGAGAGAAGAAAGAUGGUGAAGUUCUCCAAACAGUUUGAGGGGCAGCUUGUGCCUGAAUGGAAAGAGGCUUUUGUCGAUUACUGGCAACUGAAGAAGGACCUCAAGAAAAUCCAACAUCUCCUUAAUGCUAACAAUACACCAACACCCCCCAAAAAAGAACAUACUUCUUUAGCCAAUACCCUCAUAUCCUUAGCCGGGAAGUUCUCUAUUUUUCACCCCAAACAAAGAGAUCAUGGAGCAAUUCAUGUUCAUAAGAAGCCUGCAUCUUCAGCUAGCAUAGGUGACGUGUAUGAGACAGAACUGCUAGAUCAAUUUGAGGAUACUAAUGCUGCCAAGGAAUUCUUUGCACGUUUGGACAUGCAGCUGAACAAAGUGAACCACUUUUACAAGACAAAGGAGAAAGAGUUUGUGGAUAGAGGGGAGUCCUUGAAGAAACAGAUGGAGAUUCUAAUUGAGCUCAAAACAGCCCUCAAGCAAAAGAGUGGCAAAGGAGAUUCUGCUCAGGACGCUAAGGAUGAUGGUUCCAUCUCUUACACAAUCUCAUGUGAGGAGGACUCUGUUAAGGACAGAACAGAAGAAGAACAAGACCAGCUGCAAGACAACAGCAGCACAGAUGAGCCGCCAUUUUCAGACUCCCCAAGGUCAGAUGAGAUGGGGAAAUCAAUGAGAUUGAAAAGAGAGGAUAGCAGAUUAAAGUCGAUAUCAAGUCAUGUUUUCAAUAUCCAGGGGAAGAACCUGAGGCUAAAUAUUCCUCUAACAACACCAUCCCGUACCUUCUCGGCUGUCAGUUACUUAAUUUGGGAAGAUUUAAUAAAUCAGUCCUCAAAGAAAUGUGAUCCUGAAGGAAGAAAGCUGCAUUUCAACAAGACAAAGGUGCAUCAUGCAGGGAAGAUGAUAGAAGGAGCCAUCAUUGAAUUAUAUAAAGGAUUGAGUUAUCUCAAAACUUACAGGCACUUGAACAUGCUUGCUUUUAUAAAAAUUCUGAAAAAAUUUGACAAGGUGACUGGGAAACAAGUUCUUCCCAUUUACCAUAAAGAAGUUGAGAGUUCAUAUUUCAACAGCUCAGACAAGGUAAUGAAUUUAGCAGAUGAAGUUGAGGAGCUUUUCAUCAAGCACUUUGCUGAUGAUGAUCGAAGAAAGGCCAUGAAGUAUCUUAGGCCUCAGCAGCACAAAGAAUCACAUGCUGCAACCUUCUUCAUAGGGCUCUUCACUGGAUGCUUCAUUGCCCUUCUUGCUGGAUACAUUAUUAUGGCUCAUUUAACUGGGAUGUAUAGAAGGCGGGAAAAUGAGACAAUCUAUAUGGCAACUGUCUAUCCUGUACUUAGCAUGUUUGGCCUGUUGUUCCUCCACCUCUUUAUGUAUGGCUGCAACAUCUUCAUGUGGAAAAAAACUCGUAUAAAUUACAGCUUCAUUCUAGAAUUAGGCCCUACCACGGAACUGAAGUACAGAGACGUGUUCUUAAUUUGUGCAACUUCAAUGACAGCAGUUGUGGGAGUCAUGUUCAUUCAUUUGUCUCUGAUAACAAAAUAUGCCCAGGUUCAAGCAAUCCCGGGCCUUCUGGUUCUGGUCUUCUUAUUGUUGCUUUUCUGCCCCUUCAACAUCUUCUACCGAUCAAGUAGAUACUGCUUCCUCCGUGUCAUAAGGAACAUAAUUUUAUCUCCUCUCUACAAGGUUGCGAUGCUGGACUUCGUCAUGGCAGAUCAACUCUGCAGUCAGGUACCAUUGCUAAGGCACCUCGAGUUUAUUGCUUGUUACUACAUAACUGGGAGCUACAAAACUCAGGAUUAUGGAUAUUGCAUGAGAGCUGGCCAUUAUAGAGACCUUGCUUAUGCUGUGUCCUUUCUGCCUUACUACUGCAGGGCCAUGCAGUGUGCUAGGAGGUGGUUUGAUGAAGGGCAGACCAGCCACCUUGUGAAUCUAGGUAAAUAUGUAUCAGCAAUGCUAGCAGCAGGGGCCAAAGUGGCCUAUGAGAAAGAACAUAAUGGAGGAUGGCUGUGUCUUGUUGUGGUGAUCUCAAGUGCUGCAACAGUGUAUCAAUUGUAUUGGGACUUUGUACACGACUGGGGAUUGCUUCAAGUGAAUUCCAAGAAUCCCUGGCUAAGGAAUAAAUUAAUGCUUCGUCGAAAGAUCAUUUACUACUUCUCCAUGGGACUGAAUCUGAUUCUCAGGCUUGCUUGGCUACAAACAGUUCUCCGUUCAGAUUUUGAACAUGUUGACAAAGGAGUAACUGAGCUGUUUAUGGCUGCCCUUGAAGUCAUUAGAAGAGGACAAUGGAAUUUCUACAGGUUGGAGAAUGAGCAUCUAAAUAAUGCUGGAAAGUUCAGAGCAGUGGACAAUGUUCCACUUCCCUUUGAUGAAGUUGAUGAGGAAGACUGACAAUGCCUAUUGGCAGAAGGGUUGCUCACAGAAUUCAAUUCGAGGUCAAGGAUAUUCUUCCAUCUGAAACAAUUUUUUCUUCGGGAAGAACCUUAUUAUCCUUGUUAUUGUUCCAAGGACAUUGGACAAUGGUUUUAUACUUGUACACAGAAUUUCCUUCAACAAUAAAAAGAAAAUUUAUGC